AUGGGGGUCAGGAUCAAGACAGGGAGGAGCGUCCACUUCGAUCCUGAGAACGUCCAGUUGUUCAUCAAUGCGCUCUUGAACCUUCAGAAGUCCAGGCAGGGCGCUCGCGUGCUCGACUUGGGCUGCGGCACUGGGCUGUGGGGUCUGCUGGCCUCCAAGAUCUUGAACCCCUCCAUCCUUGUAAUGGUUGACAACGAUCCCUGCUCUGUCGAACUCGCCAGGAAUAAUGCUGCAAGCAAUGAAAUCGUUUGUGAGACUUAUUGCGGAGACUUGUACCAGGCCAUCCCUGCUGAUAUCCCUCCGUUCGAUGUCGUUCUUUGCAAUCCGCCACAAACAGGUGGGCCGCUGCGUCUCAAGGAGGAGAGGCCAGAUAAAUACGGUGGGGAGGAUGGGGCAGAUUUCUUUGACUUGCUUGCGAGAGACUCGGGGGGUUGGAUCGCCGAUGGAGGCUGUAUCAUCUUCUCGCAGCACGGACUAGCGCACCCAAAGAGGGUACUCGAUAGUUUCCAUUCACGGGGCUACUCCCUCAGAAUCAUCGCAGAGCAAGAGAGGGUGUUUGAAAGAGACGCCGUCAAUGCGGCGUGUGAAGGACUUUGGGAGUAUCAGCUGAAAGCUGAGAAAGAGGGGCGGGCGGAGCUGGAGCUGAGCGGGGAACGGUGCUUCACUUCAUGGCAGAGGGUUUACUUGGCAAGCAGGGAUGGGUUUGCAAGCAAUUGA